GUUUUAAAAAGAUUUUAUUUCGUGUUUUUGAUCGAGACCUUUGAUCGCGUCUCCGCUAUAAGAAAAUAUGGCGGCAUCCAACCCUAUAAAAGUUGUAAAAUGUGACAACCAUGACGAGGAAGAUGAUAUUGAUGCAUUGUUAGAUGAUGCUUUAAAAGAUUUUAAUAAGCCUAUUUCAACAUCCUCAUCUACAAAACCUAAAACAGACACUGAUAAAAUAGACAAUGAUCCUUUAUUUAACUUGCUGCAAAGUGAUGAUGGCAUGUUUGAUGUGGUUGGAAGCAUUCAAGAAGCUUUAGAAGAAAUGUCGAAGGAAGAUCCUGCUCUUUUUGAAGAAUAUAGGAAGUUUCAAGAACAAAAUGAAGGAUCCAUAAAUUCUAGUUUUGAUGAUAAUAUUGCAAAAACAAUGGAGGAGUUGACGAAAAGCUUUCAUGAAAUGGGAGUAACAAGUGGUGAGGAUGGUUUCGAAGAAAUUUUUAGACAAGUUAAAACUGAAAUGGGAACUAAUGACAACAUUUCUGAUGAAAGUGCUGAAAGUUUUAUGAAUAUGAUGCAAGGAAUGAUGCAAAAUCUUUUGUCUAAAGAACUUCUUUACCCAUCAUUGAAAGAAAUUAAAGAAAAAUAUCCUGAUUGGCUUGAAACUAACAGAUUGAAAAUUUCUUCUGCUGAAUUUGAAAAUUAUGUAAAACAGGAAGCUAUUAUAAAACAAUUAUGUACACUGUUUGAGGAAGAGACCGCUUCUGAUAGUCCAUCUGUCAAGAAAAUAAGAAUGGGAAAAGUUGUUGACCUCAUGCAGCAGAUGCAAAAGUAUGGUCACCCUCCUGCAGAUAUGAUGUCCCAAAUGAGUGACGAUACUGCGUCAUCCUGCAAAGACACUCCUGGAUGUUCGAUUAUGUAGUAUUGUAAUUCUCUAAAUGAAAACGAAGAAAAUGAUGUGCAAUAAAUAGCAUUAAGGAUAUUAGAUUCCAUUAUGUUACCUUACCAUUGCGUUAUCUAAAAUAUGUAUUCGUCAAUAUAGUCACGAAAAAUAAAGAAUUAACAAGGACUUUCAUAUAAA